GCGUUGACAAAGGGGGGCUCGAGUCUCAACUACCACUGGCAGGAGGUGUCUUCCCCGAGCUCCGGUCACCAUGUGGCCCUGGCCAGUGGUUUUGACUUUGUGGUCCUGCAGGAUCGGUCGGACAUCCCGAGCAGGUGCUGCUACACGGAUCAAGACGAAGACUUUGAGGCGUCGACCAGGGCGCUCGUUCAGCUCGACGCCGCGAUCAAGGAGGCGGGAGCAACGACGGUCCUCUACCAGACGUGGGGCCGCCGCGGCAGCCUCAACCGUCCUCCGUACUUCCAGUCUUUUUUGCCAAUGAAUGACGCCGUGGAGGAGGGGUACAGGCGGUACGCGUCGCUCAUAACGACCGACGGCCGCGCGCCAAUCAUUGCACCCGUGGGGUCAGCCUUUGAGCUCGUGUAUGGCGCCGACCGCGAUCUGUGGUACCGCCUCUACGACCGGGACGCCACCCAUCCCUCUGCUCUCGGCACCUACCUCGCGGCCAUCGUGGUCUACGCCAGCAUCACAGGCUUGUCGCCGGAUGGGCUGCCGAGCGCACUUGGCAUCUCCGGAGCGGAGGCCGAGCUGCUGCAGGGCAAGGCUGCGGAGGCGUUGGCCUCAGUGUAG